AUGGGAGGAACGUGUUAUGUGAAUGCUUGCAUUCAAGUUUUAGCUAGUACUAAAUUCGCUCCAUUACUUCGACCAACAAAUGAAGUGGAUGUCUUGUUGCAACUCGAUAGUAUUGCUUUUAUCAACCGAUUACAUUAUGUUGAUUCGAAAUAUGUCGUUGGUGUUCAGCAAGAUGCAGAUGAAUUUAUGGCUCAAGCUUUUUUUACAAUGGCGUCAAGUACUGUUACGUGUCAAUUGUGUCAUUCUUUAUAUGAUGAAAUUGCUUGUAAAAGUCAAGCAACAUUUCACUGGUCAUCAAUCAUCAUGCAUGCUUUCGGGUUUAAAUUAAUUGAACAAAGACACUGUCGUCAAUGUGGUGAUGAUACCCAAAAUUCAGAAGAGCAAUGCAUACGGCGUGGUUGGGUAAUGAGCAAAAUACAAUUGAAACGAUUUCGUUCAGAUGAUACAAAAAUCUGCAUGAUAAUGGAAUAUCCUGAAACUCUUGAUAGCCCGUUUAUUGUACCAGAAGAAGAUCAGUCACAUUCAUCAUCACGUUAUACGCUCUAUGGAAUGUGUUAUGAUCAUCUUUGUAGACAAGUACGUAAAAUUUUGGAUCUGGAAGAAAUUGUAAAUAAAACGAAAUCAGCAUUAUCAUCUCAACUUUUGCGACAUACAACAACAACACCUCUUGCACCAAUAACUGGCAGAACACCAUUCCUUGAUCGUCUUAAUAUUGAUUUAACAUUAUCGAAUAUCGCUGAUGGCCAUUCAGUUUUGGGUCGAACAACAAACGGAUCGUCCAUUGGUUAUACAGCAAAUACUUUGAAGAGUACUGCAAGCAAAUCUAGCGAGCUCACAUCGCCACCACCAUCACUGUCAACACUUGAACAACGUUCAGCCCACCGAACUACUUUACAUCCAUCGAUAAUAGAUACAUCGCUGCCAUCACUAACUACUCCAUCAACCACAGCUAUCUCAGUUAAUACAAGGGAAGAAUGUGUCAUGUCAGUUGGUCGACAUGGGAAUGAUGAAGAAACAACUGAGAGACAAAAGCCAUUAUUCGUAACUACAAUGUCAACCUCGUUUUCUCAGACAGAAAAUGGCUCAGCACUAGAGCCCAUUGGGUCCAUGAUUUUUGGACCCGGGCCCGGACCCGACGAUAAAAAUUUAUUCAAACCCGGACCGGAGCCGGACCCGAUGAUAAAAAUUUAUUCAAACCCGGAAAGGACCCGCACCCGCUCAAACAAAAUUCUAGGAUCCGAACCCAAUAAUUAA